AUGGAGGUACUCAGCUUUUCACAACGUCACAGCCGUGGUUGGUGUAGGAGUCCUGAGUCUUCCCUAUGCCAUGGCAGCUCUCGAAUGAAUGCUUACAAAUCAGCGGAGGUAAAGGAAAUUGACGAUUGGCUUCCAAUCACUUCUUCAAGGAAUGCAAAAUGGUGGCACUCAACUUUUCACAACGUCACAGCCAUGGUUGGAGCGGGAGUCCUGAGUCUUCCCUAUGCCAUGGCAGCUCUCGAAUGGGGACCUGGUGUGGUUGUUCUUAUUCUCUCAUGGAUCAUCACUCUAUACACCUUAUGGCAAAUGGUUCAGAUGCACGAAAUGGUUCCGCGAAAACGUUUUGAUCGUUACCACGAACUGGGACAGCAUGCGUUUGGUGAAAAGCUCGGUCUUUACAUUGUUGUACCACAACAAUUAAUUGUUGAAGUGGGAGUCAACAUAGUAUACAUGGUCACUGGAGGAAAGUCACUCAAGAAAUUCCAUGAAACAGUAUGUGGUAGCUGCACACGCAUCAAAACUACUUACUUUAUAAUGAUAUUCGCUUCGGUUCAUUUCGUCCUCUCCCACCUUCCAAACUUCAACUCCAUCUCCGGGGUCUCUUUGGCUGCUGCAGUCAUGUCCUUAACAUAUUCCACCAUCGCUUGGACAGCUUCUCUUCACAAGGGCAUACAACCGGGAGUUGAAUAUGGUUACCCGGCCUCUAGCCGAGCUGGAACGGUGUUUGAUUUCUUCACUGCCUUGGGCGACAUAGCUUUUGCAUAUGCCGGCCACAAUGUGGUGUUAGAGAUCCAAGCAACAAUCCCUUCAACACCAGGGAAGCCUUCUAAGAAACCCAUGUGGAGAGGAGUGCUGGUAGCCUAUUUCAUUUUUGCCCUCUGCUAUUUCCCAGUUGCUCUAAUUGGCUACAGCAUGUUUGGGAACAAAGUAGAGGACAGUAUCCUUCUCUCACUAGAAAAACCUGCAUGGCUCAUUGCAGCAGUUAACAUGUUUGUUGUCAUCCAUGUCAUCGGAAGUUACCAGAUUUAUGCAAUGCCAGUCUUUGACAUGAUAGAAACCGUUUUGGUGAAGAAGCUGCGUUUCAAGCCCAGCUUUAUCCUUCGGUUCAUCUCCCGCAACAUAUAUGUGGCAUUCACAAUGUUCAUCGCCAUAACCUUCCCUUUCUUCGGUGGUUUACUAGGGUUUUUUGGUGGAUUCGCUUUUCCCCCAACAACAUACUUCCUCCCUUGUGUAAUGUGGUUUGCUAUCUACAAACCGAAAAAAUUUAGCUUAUCUUGGUUCACCAAUUGGAUUUGCAUCAUACUUGGCCUUCUUUUGAUGAUAUUAUCACCUAUUGGAGGGCUAAGAAACAUCAUACUGCAAUCGAAAGAUUAUCACUUCUACUCUUAA